AGUACUGUGGUAUUUUAAUGGCAGCUCUGUAUGUGCCUGUACAUGCUUGUACUUAAAGAUACUACAGUAGUGUUGGCAGAAUCAGAGGUAUUGUGAGGAGCUCAGGGUGGAGCUGUGACUGACGUUAACUACAGGGAGCAGAAAAGGAUGACGGAGAAUCAGGGUUUGCUCCUUCACUUCACUCCUUCAAUCACCUCCCCUGUCACUCACACACACACACACACACACACACACACAGCCACGCAGGACUGUUCCACAGAUUCAGUGCCUCUGAUUUUUUUGGCAGCUCUUUAGUUUUUCUUUCGUCACUCCGUCCCUCACUGUAACUUCAGGCUGUUUCUCUCCUUCUGUUCUUUGCUUUUGGUUUGUCUCCACAUUUUUUUGACACUGGCAGCAUGUGUGCAGCAGCUGGAGGAGUUUAUACGUGUGUGUGUGUGUGUGUGUUUAAGAAACGAAGGAUGGAAGAGAUUCUCUGCAUUGGGGCAUUCAGCAAAAUUUUGUAGAUAAAAUACAUUAAAAUAUGUUUAUAUUUUAUUUGAAAAGGUAAACUUUGAAUGCACAAUAAUACACAGAAAUAUAAAAAUCUUCUUCUUCUCAAGGUUUUAUUACUGACAGUUAGAUAACAAUCGUCUUCAGGCCAGAAGAUAAUAUUUUUUAUAUUUCUGUUUUGCGCUGAGAUCCUGAAGAGACUUUGGCAAAAUCUGCGUUUUUGUUCCCGGUGUUUGACAGAAAGCAUAAAAAAUGACUUUCUUACACAAAACAACUUGCUUUUUUUUCUGUUUGUUUUUAAUUUUUUUUUUAUUUUACUGAGGAAAAUUCAACCCAGAGUUUUCAUAAUGAACAGAGAAUAUUCCAUCAUGUUUCCAUUUCACCAGGUGCUCACAAACUUUAAAAUCAAAUUUACUGCCGUGUUUACUUUCCAAAUGAUCUUAAAAUCAUUUCCCAAACCAAAGAUUUUUUUUUUUAAAUUUAAAGAUGAUUAACUCAAAGUCACUUAUAAAACAGAUAAAAAAAGGAAAACUACAGACAGGGGGCAGUGUCCCUGCAGUUCCACUGUGGGGAUUAGCUCUGGUCUCCGGCUUCUACCGAGACACUGUUUGUGCUUCAGUAUAAACAACAUCAGAGCCGUCAUCACAUAAAUCCACCGUGGUGCAGUUGUUUGCUGUAUUGAGUUUCCUCACUAUUUUUUUCUGGCACAAUUGUUUAAUUGUCUCCUCCAUCCUGUUCCCUGCUCAGCCUCACCCAGGGUUUCCAACCUAAAGAACAUAACUGUACUGUUUCAUUUGAUUGUUUUUUUGUUUGUUUUUUUUUUGUAAGUGUGCGCACAGCGAAGUGCAGGUACUUUCCCAGGAAGUACAGGUCAGACGAGAGAGGAGAAAGUUAGAAAAGUGACAGUGAUGUCGUCAACACUAAAGGUUCAACACCUAAAGCUGCAUUAAGCUUUGCUUCAAACGUAAAACCAAAUAGUCAGUGAAAGUAGUGACACGAACUAAACAGACCUGAGCUCACUGAGGGAAGUGCAAGUCUGCGUCACGUUGGUCGGGUGUGCACUUCCUGUUCUUCUCUAAAUGGCGGAGAUAUGAAGAAACUGAAUAGUGGCGAACAAAACCAAAGACAGCGGGUUCAUUUUGAUCGGUCGAGAGUCUGCCGAACCAAACUAAAUCGAAUUUUACACCCGACAUGUGACCAAAAAGAUGACUGCAAGUCCAGAUCCCUGUGUCUCUGCUGAAAUGUGAGAUGGCGACCCCUGACCCCUGUGUGAAUGCGCCCCCAACUCCACCCGAGGAGCCAGAGGCUUCACUCUCUCCUCGAAAGAAGCGAGGGCGUCGGAAAUUGGAACAAACGGAGAAGAAUAAGGACGAGCCAGACGACAGAAACUGUGACUCCCCCAGAGAGGGCGAGACUGGGAGGCUGCGGAGAAGGCCUGUACCCAGAGUGACUUUCCAGGCCGGCGACCCGUACUACAUCAGCAGGAGACAGAGGGACGAAUGGCUGAGCCGCUGGAAGAUGGAGGUGGGAGAGAAUCAGGUCUCAGUCUGUGCAGAGCGCCGGGCGUACAGAGAGGUAGAGAUGAGCGUGAUGGACGACCUGUCAGAGGCUGAUUUUCAAAAGGAGGAGGAGCCAAGUAGCCCCGCCCCUCCACCUUCUCAGCAACACACAGACCCCGCCUCCCCAACGGUCGCCGUGACGCCGGAGCCGGCAGCCAGAGGAGACCAGGCCACGCCCAGAGAGAUAGAGUACCAGGACGGUCGAGGGUUUGGCAUCGGCACGUUGGUGUUUGGGAAGCUGCGAGGAUUCUCCUGGUGGCCCGGCAGGAUCGUCUCCUGGUGGAUGAGCGGCCGGAGUCGAGCUGCCGACGGCACCCGCUGGGUCAUGUGGUUCGGUGACGGCAAAUUCUCUGUGGUGUGUGUGGAGAAGCUGAUGCCUCUCAGCUCCUUCUCCUCUGCCUUCCACCAGCCCACCUACAACAAACAGCCCAUGUACAGGAAGGCCAUCUUCGAGGCUCUGCAGGUGGCCAGUGUGAGGGCAGGGCGACCCGUUCCUUCCUGUGAUGCCAGUGAUGAUGCCGAUGGCGUGGAGAUACAGACCAGACAGAUGAUAGAGUGGGCCAUGAAAGGCUUCCUGCCCAACGGCCCUCAGUCUCUGGAUCCUCCGGAAGGUGAAGAGGAGCAGAAUCCCUACAAAGAAGUUUACCCGGAGAUGUGGGCGGAGCCUGAGGCCGCGUACACGCCGCCGCCCGCAAAGAAACCGCGCAAGAACUCAGCCGAGAAAGCCAAGAUCAGGGAGGUGAUCGACGAGGGCACCCGAGAGAGGCUUAUAAAUGAAAUCAAGAAGAAGACCAGGAAUAUAGAAGACAUCUGUAUCUCCUGCGGGAGCCUCAACGUCUCUCUGGAGCAUCCUCUCUUUGUUGGAGCCAUGUGCCAGGGCUGCAAAAACUCCUUCCUGGAGUGUGCCUAUCAGUACGACGAUGACGGCUACCAGUCCUACUGCACCAUCUGCUGUGGAGGCAGGGAAGUGCUGAUGUGUGGCAACAACAACUGCUGUCGGUGUUUCUGCGUGGAGUGUGUGGAUCUCCUGGUCGGCGCCGGCUCGGCGGCGGCGGCCAUCAAAGAAGACCCGUGGAACUGCUACAUGUGCGGACCUCGAAACACCUACGGGUUACUGCGGCGACGGGACGACUGGCCCUGCAGGCUGCAGCACUUCUUCGCCAACAACCAUGAGCAGGAAUUUGAGCCCCCCAAAUUAUAUGUUCCUGUGGCAGCUGAGAAGAGACAGCCAAUCAGAGUCCUCUCCUUGUUUGAUGGCAUCGCCACAGGACUUCUGGUGCUGAAGGACCUGGGUAUCCAGGUGGACAAGUACGUGGCCUCCGAGGUGUGCGAAGACUCCAUCACUGUGGGCAUGGUUCGACACCAGGGACGCAUCAUGUACGUGGGCGAUGUCCGUAACGUCACUCACAAACAUAUUGAAGAGUGGGGGCCAUUUGACCUGGUUAUCGGUGGAAGUCCCUGCAACGACCUGUCCAUAGUCAACCCUGCACGGAAAGGCCUUUUUGAGGGAACCGGACGGUUGUUUUUUGAGUUCUACCGUCUGCUCCACGAGGCUCGACCAAAACCUGGCGACGAGCGGCCGUUUUUCUGGCUGUUUGAGAACGUGGUGGCGAUGGGAGUCAGCGACAAACGGGACAUCUCUCGCUUCUUAGAGUGUAAUCCAGUAAUGAUCGACGCCAAGGAGGUCUCCGCUGCCCACCGCGCUCGCUACUUCUGGGGGAACCUGCCCGGAAUGUCCAGACCUCUGACUCCGAUGGCCAACGACAGGCUGGACCUACAGGACUGCCUGGAGCACGGACGCACAGCCAAGUUUGAGAAGUUGCGUACGAUAACCACCCGCUCCAACUCUGUGAAGCAGGGGAAAGACGAGCAUUUCCCCGUCUUCAUGGACAACAAGGAGGACAUCCUGUGGUGUACUGAGAUGGAGAAGGUCUUUGGUUUCCCCGUCCACUACACUGACGUGUCCAACAUGAGUCGUCUCGCCAGGCAAAGGCUGCUGGGUCGUUCCUGGAGCGUCCCCGUCAUCAGGCACCUCUUCGCCCCACUUAAGGAGUACUUUGCCUGCAAUUAGUCACACACACACACACACAUACAUUAACCCUUUCUCCCUCUCUUGCUGUCACACACACACACACACACACAACUCCAACAUCAAGUGACGAGGAAACGCAGAUAUUUACACACAUUUUACUGUCAGUUUGAAGGUUGCCUGACGCAGGAUGACGAACACACACACACACACACACACAAACAAAUAAUCACACAGCUGUUAACCUUAGGCUGACCUCAGUGCCCUGGUGCUACUUUACUGACACACAUUACUGUAAGUAAAGAUGGACCACACGCUUUCUAUACUUUUACAAACGUGAUUCCAAUUUGUUCCACUUGGGGGCGCUGCUGUUUCGUUUGGCUGACGUCAGAUUUCAUGAUCAUGCACCCGGUAGUGAAGAAAUGUUCGGUCUCCAAAACGUAAAAAAGUUAAAUGCGUUUUUCAUGUUCGUGUCAUGAUGUGCGGUUCCUUGAGUUCGGACCUUUCUUCGCCCUUUAACGGCAACAACGUCAUAGGGAUGAGCUGAGAUCCCACUCCCUUAAAAUGGAUCACACCGCAGCCUGACACUAGGGGGCGAUCACAAUGUUCAGGGAGCUCCUGUGUGGUCCAUCUCUAUUUACAGCCUUUGAGUGAACCCUGGCAAACAGCCACUCCCUUGUGCAGGGUUCCCGUACUGUUAAUCUUCACACCUGAACUUCCUGUCCGACCUUGAAACUGAUGUCCUCUGGCUUUAUGGACUUCAAACCCAAAAGCUCACAAAAAUCUCCCCAACUCUCCCUCUUUUUUUUUUUUUUUUUUAAUAUAUACAAUAGCUACAUACGUAUCCACAUGUACAUCAGUGUGAACCUCAUGGUCAUCACACCUGUGAGUUCCUCUCGACCACAACACGUCACUGUAUCCAUAUGGUUAGGAUUAGAAACAGUGCUUCUUUCUUUUCUUUUUCUUUCUUUCUUUCUUUCUUUUUUCUUUUUUUUUUUUUUACUAUCGUUGGUACAACAAACACUCACAACACCAAAACACACAGAUCAGCAGUCAAUGCUCAUGGUGCUGGUGUCCAUCGGUGCCGCUCUAAUAACACUGACAGUCUUCGGGUGCUCAUGGAGACUGAACGGUCUCUGGUUGAUGACGUCGCUGCAGUUUUGUGUCCCUGAAGGAGAACGGUCAGAUAAAAGUCCAAGCAGGUGGAGGAGGCACUUUAGGAAGUGAAAUGACGUCAUGUGUUAUUUGGCUUUAUUUCUGUGCUAAAUCAACUUGAAACGUAGAAAUUAAAGAAAUGGCCACUGGAUGGCAGUAAUGUUUCAAAAAUAACGCCUUGACUAUUGUGGCUGCAGGUGAUAAUAAAAAAAGGCUUUAAAAAACGGGGCGCUUUGGCCCAGAGGCAGUGUCUCUGUGGUUGGUGUAGAACCCCAGGGUCCACCUCCUGGGCAAGUUCGAAUCCCACUUGGUGCUUUCCAACAGACUCACCACCCACAGGGCGGCUUCGUGGGGGUUGGUAUCAUGCUUUAAUAUCUUGUUGUGAGGACAAACCUUUUUAACGGGAAACAAACAUUUGUAGAGAUUUCUAAACUAUUUCAAACCAAAGUCCAGUCAAAAUCAACUAUUUAAAAUGUUAGAAUAUAAUCAUUUUUCAUUUAAUGACGAACAUCUUUGUCACCUUCAGAUAAAAAAAAAAUCUCUGGAUCUUGGUGUAAAGAAUUGAAAGAGGAUCUUCCUGAGAUUUUGCCGGGAUUCAAACCCAAAGUCUUCCAGGUAGUAGUCAGCACCUCUGGUCCAACCUCACACACCCUUCUAUCAGCUCCUCCCCAGUUUCAUUCUAAAUUCAGACCCACAAACACUGCAGCGACGUCCAGUGGAACCAGAACCAGAACCAGAACCAGACAUUCCCUCUGCUGGUUUUCUACUUCCUACGACUGAAACACACAGUCCUGUAUAAAUAACACACACACUUCCUUACAAGAUGCAAGGGUGCAACCUCUGCUGCCUUAUGAUGCCCAAUGCAUGCUGGGAUAUUCUCAGGCAGGUGAAGUCAUUACGAUGAUGAUGAUGAUGAUGACGAUGAUGCACACAUUUCUGCUGUAUGCUUUUAUUUAGACAGGGCUGUCGUCCCUUUCAGUCUGGUGCUUUGGUCUUCAAACGACCAUCUUUAUUUUUUUUUCUUCUUCUUCCCAGAAGCCUUUAUUUUCAAUCCUUUGACCUUUCCUCCGAUACCAGCUCACAAACUGGACACGUGCAGACUACACGCACAAACGUGCACACACUUGCACGUUGACACACAAAAAAACUACAAACCAGCAGCAGGUUCAAGGAGUUUUUUUCCCCAACUCUCCGUUUAUACAAACGACCUUCAGGUGCUUUUUAAACUCUUAAACUCUUUUUUACAGGUCUCUCUCUCUCUCUCACACACACACACACACACACAAACAUACACACAUUUUGCUGCAAACACUCUUCUCUGAACCCCUCUUCACGCUGCGGAGGACAUCACUAGUCAAAAACAAAACAAACAAACACACUUACAAGCAUACACACUGUGUACUCGCCGCCAUCAGGCUCCCCAUAGCGCCCCCUGGGUGUGACGUCACCACCCUCGUGCCGCUCGGUGCUGCCCGCCCUCCCUGCCUCCCCGCCCACGCCUCUUCUUCCCCCCUCUCCUCGACCCCCUCCUCUCCCAGGUGCUGCAUGUCAGUCAGUCAGUCAGUGUAACCUCUGAUUUCAUGUUAGAUUAGGGAGUAAUGAUAAUCGAAAAAUAAUGGUAAUAAUAUUACAGUAAUAAUAAUAAUAAUACUCUGUUAUCGUGUGUGUGUACUGUUCCAGGUUGGUGCUCAGUUCAGUUCAGUCUCAGCCUAGAGGAGAGAGAGAGCGAGAGAAAGAGAGAGAGAGAGAGAGAGCCAGGCUGGAGAAAAGCAUAUAUUACACUUAGUGUAGUGACUUGUUCUAUUGUAUUUAAGGAUGAGGAGAGAUAGUUUUGACGAGAUGAGCAGCAAUGGGCGCUCUCAGACAGAGGACAGGCUGAAACACACACACACACACACACUCCCAUGACCACCAGUAACAGGUGACGUAAUACCGACGACUUCCACACCACUGAUCCACCUGCCGUUCACACUGUGUGGGUCAGAAAAACACUAAAGACGCCAGCGAAAUUAGAAAGUAAUAAAGAAGAUCCUCGGGAGAUAAAUAGCAUUUUGUAACCAUAACAUACACAUAGUAAAACAUUAUUCCAACAUUUCAUUGGCCUCGUCAGUGUUUCAGCCUGUACCUGUUGGAGAGUGCAGUCAGGUCAGAAAACCCGUGAAGAAAGAAGAAGACAUUUUUAACUGACAGGUGAAGCCCACUGUAAACCCAGAUGUAUAAAAUAAAAUAUAAUUAAAGGCUUCUGUACUUUUAAUUUGACGUAAAAACAAAACACUGAUUCAGGAAAAAAAAAAGUAAUUAAAUGC